GUCAGUUUUUGUCGCGGUGCGAAAGAGGAAAAUUUUGUGCGGCUUGAAAUUCAUGUCAUGCCAAAUCCAAAAAGAACAAGAGUUAAGAAUCUAACUAAAAAACUUAAUACUUUGUCGCUACGACCAGUGAAAUCUUCUUUCGCUGAUCUCGUUAAGAAACGGGCUGAAAUGGCUAUUUCACCGGACGACACAUCGCAGGCCCUGAGUAUCAGCGACAGCUCGGGCAGCUCGACGGUUCACGCGGAGGAUCAGAUGCCCACGUUUCCGCAGCAUCGCAAGGGGAAGACCUUCUCGCGGAACCAGCGAUCCACCACUCCCACGGAGAACGUCAGCAUCGAAGAGGCGCUGAAGAAUGUAAGUCGAAAAUAUCAGGAAAUAUCGUUCAUGCCAAUGAAGACGCCCGUGUCGAUUCUGCAGGAGCUGCUGAGUCGUCGCGGCAUCACUCCGAACUAUGAGCUGGUGCAGAUCGAGGGUGCCAUCCACGAGCCCACAUUUCGCUAUCGCGUGUCGUUCAACGACAAGGACGCGAUGGGUGCCGGACGCUCGAAGAAGGAGGCCAAGCACGCGGCCGCCAAGGCGCUCAUCGACAAGCUCACUGGGCAAUCGCACGGCGGCGAUCAGACCGAGGCCACCAGCCUCGAGACGUCGCUGGGUCCCAGUGGCUUCGACGAUAAGGUCAUGGGGAAUCCUAUCGGGUGGCUCCAGGAGAUGUGCAUGGCUCGUCGCUGGCCACCGCCGACGUACGAGACGGAGAUGGAGGUGGGGCUGCCGCACGAGCGCCAGUUCACCAUCGCGUGCACGGUGCUGAAGUACCGCGAGGUGGGGCAGGGCAAGAGCAAGAAGAUCGCGAAGCGCAUCGCGGCGCACAAGAUGUGGACGCGGCUGCACGAGAGUCCGCCGGAGACGAGAGAGGUGUACCAGAUCAUCAAUGAGGAGGCGAACGAGGAGAUCAAUCAGAAACUGAAUCGCUAUGCUGACUUGAAAGACAAUCAUAUUCCAACGUUGACGAAUCAACAUAGCUUCAAAGUGGCCCAAUUUCAUAAGAGUCUCAAAGCGACGUUUGGAAAGGCACUGAGCAAACUACAGUCGGCCAGCCUCUCAUCUCCGGACAUAAAUUGUGUUCAAUUUCUGCAAGAAAUCGCCUCGGAGCACCAAUUCGAUGUGACUUAUGUGGAGAUUGAGGAGAAGACCUAUUCGGAUUGCUUUCAGUGUCUUGUGCAACUGUCCACGCUGCCAGUGGCCGUUUGUCAGGGUGCUGGAAAGACACGGAAUGACGCAAAGACCGCAGCAGCUCGAAAUUCACUGGAGUAUCUGAAGAUCAUGACAAAGAAGUAAUGUUCCUGAUGGCGGAAAAUUAUAAAUAUGUCGGACUCAAUGUCUCAAGUAAGUGCGCGCGCUCUUUAAAGAUUAUUGUUAAGACACACUUUUCCAAAAAAAAAAUGCUAUGAAGUGAAGAGAAAUUGCACGACAACAUGUCUCAAGAUAACGCGUCUCUCCUUUUUGUGCACGACAAAAAAACAACAAAACAGAUGAAAAUGUCUCUCACAAGAAAAUUGUACAUUUGAUAUGUUUUGCUGAUUAAAUUCCCGAUUUUUUCACGUCCUGUGAAUUAUACCAAAUGUGUGAAAGGGAGCGAGAAGAUUUGUUUGUUUUUCGCGUGUAAAUUGCAAAAGGAGAAUUAAUUUGUACGGUCUCUAUUAAUUUUCAUGUCAUAUUAUGUAUACAUGUUAAUAAGGGUGAGGGAAAGAAUGGUUUUGGGUGUGGAGAGAGAGAGAGAGGCACAAGCGAAUUCCUGGCUUGGGAAAAAAGUCAUCCUCGCACUGUUAGGACUCUUGUGUUAAUAUUGUAUACAAAAACAAGUAAAUUAUAAUUGGCCGAAAACGACAAAAAGGACGACGAGCUCCUGGAGAAAUCAAUGAAGAGUAAAAAAAUGAGGGUCUUUUAGUAGUGUUAAAAAUCCUUUUGCAAUGGAGAAAAAUAAUAAUCAGAGUGUUGAGGCACUGUGUAAUUAUCAGCUUUUAAAAUUGCGUGCAGCAAGAUGAUCAUGGAAAAAAAGAAAUAUAUUUACAGAGAAACUCUCGCUACAUAAAUAACUUUAAAUAUUAUAACUUAUCAAGAGCAUUCAAAAUAUUUAAAAGAUAUGAAAAGAAAAAAAAAAGUAUGUUUUAUCCUCAAAAAAAAGUAAUCAAUAUGCGAAAUAUGACAUAAUAUAUCGAGUUAUUUAUGUACGUAGUGUGUGUGUGUAAUUCAUAUUGUGAAAUACAGGAGAGAAAGACAACUUUAGUGGAGGAGGAAGGAGGAAUGAGAAGACUUUUGGCCAAUUUUUUUUUUGCCAUGCGAAGCGUGAAUUGCAAACCAAAUCUCAGAUAAACAUCAAUUAAUGGGGUUUAUCAGUGAGCUGAAAUUUUGUGUUGCUUUUAUAGUAUUUUAUGUUCCUACUUAAUUUAAGGACGAGCAAAAUGGAAAAAUUACCAGGAAUCUCAAAAGUAAUUAUAAAAAAAAAUCAUCAGGUUUAUGAAAAGUUUUAAGUUAUUUAUCUUUGACAUGUUUUAAGAAGCAGCAAAACAAACUAUAUUUUAUAAUGGUUUUUUUUCUAUUGAUGAUGUUUAUGAAAAAUAUUUUUCCAAUUAUUGUAUUUUAUCUUUUUAUCAACAAGAAAGUAUUAUUUUUUAUACUGACAAAGAUAUGUGUAUUUUUUGUGUGUGAAAAGUAUUGGAAGUUCUUAUGAUAAACCCCGUGUGAAUGAAUGUUGAGGUGAUGCGAAAGAAUCCGGAUGCGCAUUAAAGAACUUUUUUUGUGUAUGUGUGUAUUUUUCUCCUGCUAAAAUAAUAAUCUAACGUGACUAAAUGAAUUGGAAGAUAGGCAGAGAAGAGUGAGAGAGAGACAGAGAAGGCGAAGUGGAAAAAGAGACGCAGGAGAAAAAAUAAUCAUCAAUUUGUGGUCUGACUUCUGAUGAUAAUUAAUUUAUAUAAUUUGAGGUGAGGCGCACACCAAGGAGUUGGCAAAGAAAAGUUUUGUAUAACUGUGUGGCGGUAAAAGUUGUUUUUCUCACAAGAUUUUUUCCAUCUCAUAUUCUCUCACAUGAUUGAAGGUUGUGGAUGGGAUUUUUUGAUGGGGGAUGAUGAGAAAUGUAGGUGAAAUACAAGCUAUACUUUGCAUAGAAUUAGUGAAAUUUUUUCCAUUAUUUCAAAUCAAUAUUAACAGUUGAGGAGGAGGAGGUGAAGAGAGAGAGAGAGAAAAGGAAGUGAUUGAAUGGAUGAGGAGAGGCGUCACUCCUAUGAAUAUAACACAGCAGAACUUUGAUGGAUAAUAAAACUUUCAGUGUUUUCUCGAUGUCAUUUAAUGGAGUGAGAGAGAGAGGGAGAGAGAGAGAGAGUUUUCUUUUUGUUUAUUGCAAGAAAAAGCGAACAAUUUGCCCAAAAGCUCUACGAAUACAAAAAAGAAAGAGUUGUAGUGCGAAUUUGUGGCGGUAUAGAAUUAAUAGAAAAAGACGCAUUAUUUUAGUGCAAAGUAUAGAGGUUGUAGAAAAUAACUAAUUGUAAUAAUAACCCAGCAUGCUGUACUGUUUCUGGUACCCAAAUAUAAACACUAAAAAGAAGAAAAAAAAAACUAUGCGACAAGGCAGCAAAAUAUUGUAUCUCUUUAUAAUAAAUUGACUUGUAAGAACUUUUGAGAAAUAAAAAAUUUUUGGAUGAA